AGCUCCUUUGAUGACUUUAAUUGCGCGUACCUCCAUGUGACAAAGACUCGAGAUGUCUUUAUGUUCACAGGGAAACGAAUUCGGUUUCAGGAAUAUAGUAGUUGACUGGCUCUAACCUGGCAUUUUUGUGCCCCCAGGCUGACUGCGUGGUGAGCUCUCCUCUUGUGUGUCUCAGGCAGCAGGGAACGCCGCUCUGACAAGAACCAUUAAGAAUUAAGAAUUACGCGUGAGAAGCGUCUUUCUAAUCUCUGAUCUCUGCUAAUCCCCCCUGUGACUAGUGGCUGGGAUUAACUCUUGUCUCUGAUUUUUUGACACCGCGCUUUUUCUCCCUUCGCACUCAUUUUGCGCCCUAAUGCGCGCGCCCUCUAUUUUGUUUGCACGAUGGGUUAAGUAUUCAUUAGUUUUAGCCUAAGUUUUCUUUUUUUUUUUUUUUUUCCCCUGCACUUCGGACGAUUGCAGUCACAUGAUGCGUAGCGAUGAUGAUCUUUUGGGCACAGGAGCGCUCGCUCGCUCACUCGUGUUGGAUUAAAAGUGCGUGAGCACUUGACAAGAGCACACGCAGGCGGCGUUGAUUCCCCGAAGACUGCUGAACUUGUUGGGCGCUUUUGACCCGCCGGAAUGGAGAGCGAGCUGAGGCCCAGGGUGUGCUACCUGGUCAAAACAGAACGCGGUUAUGGGUUCCACUUGCACGGCGAGAAGCUCAAAGGCGGGCAGUUUAUCCGAAAAGUGGAGCCGGGCUCCUCGGCUGACCUGGCCGGCCUGAGACCCGGCGACCGAGUGGUGGAGGUGAACGGCGAGAACGCCGAGAACGACAGCCAUCAGCGGGUGGUGGAGCGGAUCAGAGAAGUGCCUCACCGCACCAGACUACUGGUAGUGGACCGAAACACGGAUGACUACCUUCACAGCUGUGGUCUGGCUUGCACAGAGGAUUUAGCCAUCGAGAUGGGGACCCUCUCUCCGCGUUCCUCAUGGAGAGCCACAUUAGCAACUUCUCCAUUACCUCGGGAGACUUUGCCCAAGUCCCCUAUAUCUGACCGCACACUUCUUGCCGCAAACUCACCCACUCUCUUGGUCUCACGAGGCAAGCCGAAGAGGUCCUCAAUCACGUCAAGUACCGUGACAGACGCAGAGAUGGAGCCCUCUCCAGAGCCGUCGACUGAGCUCCUUCCCCGCCUGUGUCACCUGGUGAAGGGGGAAAAGGGCUAUGGUUUCAAUCUGCACAGUAAUAAGGCAAAAUGUGGACAAUUUGUACGCUCGGUGGAUGCCCAAUCACCUGCAGAGAGAGCGGAUGUGCGUCCAGGAGACCGACUGGUGGAGGUAAAUGGAGUGAACAUUGAGUGUAUGAGACACUCAGAGGUGGUGGCAUUCAUUAAAGCAGGAGAGCGAGAGGUACGCCUCCUAGUCGUCGACCAGGAGACAGACGAGCUCUUUCACAGAUUGGGAAUCACGCCCACAGCACGACAUGUCUACGUGGAUGAGUCAGCUGUAGAAGCCGCCUCGUCUGCCCCUUCUCCCACCUCCGCUGAAGUGCCAAUCAUACAUGUGACACUGACCGACUCCUCGAUCACAAACGUGUCCUCCAAACAGAGGGCCAAUGGGAGUUGUGCGUCCCAAUCCUCAACCAGCUCUACAACUCAUUCAGAGAUCAGUAGCUCUGACAUUAGUUUCCAGGUCCCCGAUGAGGAUGACAGAAGAGUUUUGGAUCCUUUCAUGGACAGUGGCCUGCGUUUGAGUCCGACAGCAGCUGAGGCGAAACAAAAGGCUCUUGCUCGACGCGACAAAAAGACGGCGCCCCCUAUGGACUGGAACAAGAAACAAGAGAUCUUCAGCAACUUCUAAUGUCCCAGAGCAGGAGGAACACAAAAUACAAGCAUGAUUUGUGGCAUAAUGUCGUUUGAACUGUACAGUUCUUGCUAAUGCAUGAACGAGGACAAAGGAGUGAAAGCAAUCACCAGACACUUAACAGACAUAGUGAUAUUCUGGACCAAGGAAUAUACACUGUACUACGUUUCGUUUUCUCCCUCUAUCUCAUUUGAGGAUGCAAGAAUUGCAUCACAGAGUUGCUGUUUGCUUCAAUGGCAUGUUCUGCAGUGCAGGAUGAAAUGUCUUUCCUGACAAUUAUUUUACUGUGGAAUGCACUGUAACAAUGGACAGUUAGAAACUCCACAUGAUAUAUUGCCGAGAUCAUGUUGACACCUUCAGGCACACUAAGGGGGCCUAUUAUCUCACUCCCCAUUAUUCCAUCCCAAUAUAUUCCUCCACCACCACCUUACCGGCGUUACAGCCUUGUUGGGACAUGUUGACCAUCUGCCGACCAUCCACAACUCCAAUUGUCUGGGCCAGCGGUGUAACAGUUGUCAGCGAAUUAUUUUCAUUAGUCAGUAAUUCAUGUAAUUCUGGGUCCACUGCAAACAUUUCUCCUUGAAAGCAUUGUACAGAGGUGGCUGAAAUAACAGCUACAAGCUUUGCUCUCAGAACACAAUUCGCAUUUGCUUGACAGAAACCUUUCUUAAGACACUUAUUCAGAACGAAAAAUUUUUUUCUCUGAAUCACAAAAAUGAAACAAUAAAACAAUCUUGAACUGUUCAGUGUUU